GCCAAGAGUCAGUUCAAGAGGAGAUCCACAGCCAACAAUGUGGAGAUUAUCAUCCCAGUUCCUGCAGAUGCUGACUCUCCAAAGUUUAAGACAACCACUGGUAGUUGUAAAUAUGUUCCAGAAACUUCUUCAGUAGUUUGGACUAUUAAAUCAUUCCCUGGUGGAAAGGAGUAUUUGAUGAGGGCACAUUUUGGCCUUCCCAGUGUGGAGUCUGAAGAUUCUGAGGGCAAACCUCCAAUCAGUGUGAAGUUUGAAAUCCCUUAUUUUACUGUAUCUGGCAUACAGGUCCGUUACUUAAAGAUCAUAGAAAAGAGUGGCUACCAGGCUCUGCCAUGGGUACGGUACAUCACACAGAAUGGAGACUACCAGCUUAGAACCUCUUAA